AGAGAAAAUACUAAAAAAGGGAACAUGAAGCCCUGCAAUGCUUUGCCCAAUAAAUGCUGGUUCAUUACAUUUUGGAUCGUAAAGCUGAACACUACCCGUCGUAUUUUAUUUAUAUCCGUCCACCGCGAUUUUGGCUUUUUUCUCCACCUUUAAGUUAUAUCAACUGGCGACGAGGUCAAAAAAUCUCGCUCGGUGGUCGCAUUCUUCAGGCGCACAGACGUCAAUUGAAGAUUUUGCCCGUUUCUCGCAGAGGAAGGAAAUUGGUACUGCAUCCCAAUAAUUUUGAUCGACGUAGCAACAUUCAGCAAACCAACAUCACUCAACAGCAUACUAAAAGGAGGAGAGAAGAUCAGGACGAUGUCAGUUCAGAUUCAGAUGCUGAAGGUUUUUUCGGUUUCCCAGCCGAUUCAUUUUUGUUUUCUGAGCAAGAAGCUCUACCGGAUUUGGUUCCAAUGGAGACGGAACUCGAGCAGCAAGCUGAUCAAGAAGCUGUUCCGGAUCAGCGUUCGAUUCGUCGUUCAACUAGAAAACCCAAGAAGCGAAAAUUAUGUGACUACGUGUACUUUUGA